GGCAUAUCUGUAUGGGCAGCCUGUGGAAGAUAAGCGCGGACCAUCACGGGAUAAAGUUCCAGUCUCUUCCUUUCGUCUCGUCCAACAUGGCGGAUUAUCUGGCGAUCGGUGUCCAUCUCGGAGCAACUACCUCGUGUGUGGCUGUCAGUGCGGAUGGAAACACAACAAUUAUUGCCAAUGAUGCUGGUGACAGAGUAACCCCUGCCAUGGUGGCAUUUUCUGAUACAGAAAAGAAUGUUGGCUUACCUGCCAAACAAGGGCUUAUCAGAAAUGCUAGAAACACAAUUCUCAGAGCAAAGCGAGUACUGGGAAAAAGUUAUUCAGAUUCUGUGGUUCAGGAAGAAGCAGCUGCACUACAGUGCAAACUAAUAGACAAGGAUGGUUUACCUUAUUAUGAAGUUGAGAGUAAUGAGAGAAAUAUCCAAGUGUCACCAAAGGAGGUCAUCAACAUGAUCUACAAGAAAAUGUUGGAGACAGCUCAGUCUCACUGUGGUUCGUCAUCAAACCAUGUGGUGCUCACAGUCCCUGUUAACUUUCAAGAAAAAGAGGUCUCUUUGCUAAGGGAGGCUGCAGAGGAGGCAGGGUUUCACAUUCUUCGCAUCAUCAAUGAACCCGUAGCUGCUGCUUUAGCUUAUGGUCUUGGCCAGAAUGACCGAUCUCAAGACAGCACUGUUCUGGUGUACCGCCUGGGCGGCGCAAGUCAUGAUGUCACUCUCCUGUCAGUUAUAAACGGAAUGUACAAGGUGCUUGCCACUGAAUAUGACGGAGCUCUAGGUGGAAGGAACUUUGAUGAAGUGUUAUUAGAUCUCCUAGCAAAUGACUUUAAAAGGAAGUGGAAAAUAGAUCCUUUGACCAACAAGCGAUCAAAGACAAAGCUCCAGACCUCAGCAGAGCAAUGCAAAAACAUCCUUUCCACACUUGAGUCUGCAAACUGCUCCGUGGACUCUCUAUGUGAGGGCAUUGACUUUCAAGGACAAGUAUCCAGGGCUAAGUUUGAAUCAAGCUGCAGCAGUUUGUUUCAGCGUUGCUUGGGGUCAAUUGAAAAAGUUCUUUCCUCUGCAAAUGUGCCCAAGGAUGAAGUAGAUAAGGUCAUCCUAGUGGGAGGUGCCACUCGUACCCCGAAAAUCCAGCAGCUGCUAAAGAACUACUUCGUUGGCAAAGAGAUCUGCAGACGCAUCAGUCCCGAUGAGGUGGUUGCGUACGGUGCUGCUGUACAGGCCAGCAUCUUGAUGGGACGGAAGGAGGCGGACAUGAUCACAGAGAUUGAGACCAUGUCCAAGGCUAUCUGUGUGUCUGUCGGUGGCGAAAGUUCCCGGAUGAUUCCCGUCAUCCCUCAGUACUGUCCUUAUCCUCUACGUAGAGCGCAUACCUUCACAACAGCGACCGAUGACCAGGAAAGUGUGUGUUUGUCAAUCUACGAGGUAGAGGACCCCCAGGACGCUCGCGCAGCCAACAGUGUUUUACUAGCCAAAAUCGUCCUUCGUGACCUACCGGCACAACCGAAAGGGGAAUUAAAGUUUACCGCGACCUUCCACGUGAAGAAGGAUGGCUCACUCCACGUCCACUUAAUGGAGAAGACAACUAACAGGUCAGCGGAUGUCAACAUAGACGCCACUUGACAUUCGCAACAAAGGUAGACCGGAGCUUCAUAGAAUGAUAGCAGGCAAGUGACGUCAGUAAUGUCCCACGCCCCUCGAUGCAUCACGGGACAUGACUACUGAACAUAGCGCAACGAUCAUAUAGGGCAUUGUAUAAGAUUUACUGUAGUUAUUCCGCAAUGUAUUAUUAAAAAAAGAAAUCAAA